GAGUGAGUGAGUUAGUGAGAUGGCGCCUCGCGCGGAGAGCUGAUGUCGGGUCCGAUGGCCAGCGGAGAGGAAUUAACGCCGCAUCAACUCGCCUACAGUUAAAAACGCCGCUCUCCGCUCGGUUUCUCGGUCUAAUCAUAUCUCCAUCGACACCUUUUAACAGUAAGGAAGAAAAAACGCCGUUUCUGUUUCUCACUGAUGGUCAACAAUCCGCGAAUCGUCGACAUUAGCCGGCGAGCUAACUAGCUUUAGCAUUAGCUUUAGCUUUAGCUCCAGGCCCCGUUUGGUUUUUUCUCCCCGCCUCCACUUUGACGUUCGCUCGCUUUUUAACUUUUUUUGUAUUUAAUUUUUAUCCGCCUGUGUCUCAUCUUCGACGGACUGUGUGGGACCGUAUGCCCUGGAAAAGAGCCGGCGGAUCGGCCAGCGUUGGUAAAGCCGUCAAGAGUUGUGGAAUUUUCAGGCUGCUAAUGGACACAUAGGAGCUGCUGCAUUGGUCUUCAGUUCCCCUUCCACGUGGGUCAGUCACGAUGAAGAGUGAGGUCCCACCUGACACACGCCGCAAACAGGAGCCCCUGAAGGGGCCCCUGGGUAACCCUGAGCCUAUGGAGACGGCCAAAAGCUUCCCGGCAGAAAUGGAGGUGAUCGGCAAGGCGGGCAGCGAGUUCACGCCGCUGUGUGCUGAGACUAGACACAGAUCCCUGCGAGACGCUGGGGGUCGCAGAGACUCAGACAAAGGCCUUUCGGGGCGUAAAAAGCGUAAGAGCCAGCAGGCUGGGCCCUCAGACUGUUCUCUAAAGGAAGGGCAUGUUAGCGAGACGACGCUGCCUCCUCCCCGCCACAGAGCGGCGCUGUUGGAGACGCGUAGCGAGGAUGAGCGGAACCCUGAGUCUUCUUUUAGUGACUGUGCUUCUUCACCCUCCUCUAGCUUACGUUUUGGUGAUUCGGACACUCUUAGCUCAGAAGAGGACAGGGGGCCUGCCGACGGCCCCACAGCUGCCCGACAGCAGCAGCAACUUAAGGCGUCUGGUCCAGCUUCAACAGGAAGUGCUGGUGGAGGAACUGGGGCAGCGGUGGGUAUACGACCCCUACUGAGCCGAACCCGGUCCAGCAGGUCCCAUAAAUGGGCACGGCUCGACCCGGAAGCCAAUCAUGUCAAGCGGCCGUGCUUGAGCUCGCGGCGGCCGCUCAACAGGAAGCGCUUUGGGAAGGGUGGGGCUGGAGGCGGAGCCCAGCGGACUCCAAAGCAGAAGGAGCGUCUGCUCUUGCAGAGGAAGAAGAGGGAGGUGAUUGCGCGGAGGAAGUAUGCGCUACUGCACAGCACCAGCAGCUCCAGUGAGGAGCUGACCUCUGACUCCUCCUCGUCUUCCUCCACUGAGGGAGAGGAUGAACUGUACGUGGGAGUGAGCAGCAGCAGUGGGAGUCAGGCGAGCAGCAACGCUGUGGCCUCAGGUCCGCUGGAUGAAGAUGUUGUGGUGAUCGAAGCUACUCCUGCACCUCCGGUUCCAGCCAGUGAGGAAAUCAAUGUCACUUCAACAGACAGCGAGGUGGAGAUCGUGGGAGAUGCCUACAGGCCACGGUCAGUGGGGGGUCAUGGCAGGAUGCACUGGGGACCGAGCUGCUCUCAGAGUCGGGCUCAGGAGGGCCGAGGGCGUCAUCGUCUGUCCACUGUCAUCCAGCCCCUCAGGCAGAGCGCUGGGGAGGUGGUGGACCUCACUGUGGAUGAGGACGAUCUCUCAGUCGUGCCAACCACUUCUGACAGCCUCCACUCUCAGCCAGCCAGCUCCUCCAUCUCUUCAUCCUCCUCCCUCCAUGCUUCUACCUCAGAGCCACCCCAGGAGGUCCCGGGCCCCUCCGGAAGCUGCUCUGCCAUGGCCCCUGACAGCACGCUGGAGGCCCAGGCCCUCAGUGGGGCUCAAGGACUGAGCACCACCUCCGCCACUGCCACAGAGGAAGAUGGUAGGAGAGGUUCAUCAAGUGAGAGUGGAGGUGUAGCGAUGCCUAGGCUGCCAUCCUGCUGCCCCCAGCACUCGCCCUGCAGUGGACCCUCCUCAGGGCACCUCUCCCUGGGUCACUCUCACUCAGGGUGCAUGCAGGCUGGACCGACGCAGCAGCCCGGGCCGCAGCAGCCUGCUGCUCAGCACUCCCACAGCCACUCGCACCACUUCCACCACCAUCACCACCACACAGGCCCCACCUCCUCCUCCCUGGCCUUCCCCGAGCCCAGCUGUCCCCUGGAGCGGCCCAGCGCUGUGCCUGCACCCUGCGGGGCCGUCAGCAGCAGCAGCCAGUACCACGACCAGCAGACCCUGCCCGUUGAUCUCAGUAGCAGUGCUGUUCGCAGCAACGGCUCCAGCAGUACUGGUUUCAGCAGCACCUCUGCCUUCGACCCCUGCUGUCCGGGCUCCACCUCGCGCCCUCCUGCCUACGUUUCCCAGGCUGCACCGGGGCCCAGUCAGCCCAGCGUCGCUGACACUUUCAGCCCAGCCAUGGUGCCCCAGCCUCAACCUCAGCUCUCGUCCUGCAGGCACUACAUGCAUCCCUCCUAUGGUCCGCUAGCACGCUCCUUGCACCACCAGUCCUCCUCUUCCUGUCCUCAUUCACACGGCAAUCCCCCUCCCCCUCCUCAGCCCCCUCCGCAGGGCGAUUACGUCAUCCCUCACCCUGUCCUCCCUUUCCACACCCCACUGCCCUCUCACGGCCCAGGCCACACCGUACCCCCGGCCCCUCCCCCCUCUCUCCCUCCUCACCAUCUCCCGGGCUCAAGCGCCCCCCUGACGCAGCACCUGGCCCCCGAGCACCAGGCCCUGCCGCACCACUUGCCUGUGCUGGGCCCCAACCCCGUGCAGAGGCUCCACCAGCACGAGAUUCUGCAGAGGAUGGAGGCCCAGAGACGCAGGAUGAUGCAGCACCCGACUCGAGCACACGAGAGACCUCCCCCUCACCCUCACAGAAUGCACCCCAACUACGGCCACGGACAUCACAUCCACGUCCCCCAGACCAUGUCCUCCCACCCUCGCCAGACUGACCAGAGGACCACGUGGGAGCUGGGCAUAGAGGCUGGCGUGACUGUAGCUCCUUACCCUUCAGGGCAUCUGCUCCCCCAUCUGCCCCACUACCACCCCCCACCCAGACUGCACCACUUCCCCAUCCAGCUGAUGCACACUGGCAUGUCUGAGGUCACCUAUCCGCACAUUCGCUACAUCUCGUCCAGAAUGACUGGAUUUGGCCGAACCUAUGAGGAUCUGCUGCAUUUAGAGGAGCGGCUGGGGACUGUGAAUCGAGGAGCCUCUCAGGGAACCAUAGAGAGGUGCACUUACCCGCACAAGUACAAGAAGAAGGUGGUGGAGAGAGACAUUGACGAACAGUUAUCCCCCGAAGCAUGGGCAUCUAUUGGGAAAGAUAGGCACCCACCCUCAAACUCGAGAAAGCUGCACGGUAAGCAGGACGAGGAGGAGGGGGCCGAGGAAGACACAGAGGAGAAAUGCACCAUCUGUCUGUCUAUACUGGAGGAAGGAGAGGACGUCAGACGCCUUCCUUGUAUGCACCUCUUCCAUCAGCUGUGUGUGGAUCAGUGGCUCCUCACUAACAAAAAGUGCCCCAUCUGCAGAGUGGACAUAGAGGCCCAGUUAUCCUCCGAAAGUUGAUGCUGUUUUUCUAGCGACAUUUAUUUUAUCUUUUUGUUUGUUUGUUUGUUCGUUUGUUUUAUUUUUUUUCUUCAGUAACACAUUCAACCAAAGAUGGCAUGAAUUACCUGCGCAGAUCCAAUACUGAAAAAAGGAGAAAAAAAAAUAGAAAAAAAAAAAGAGCGUAGUGUGCCAGCUAUCAUAUAGAACCGAUACAGCUAGAAAUUACAUCCUCAUUAAAGGUUUUGAAUUUUAUUGUAUUUAUAAAGCUUUUAUGUAGCUUUUAAUUGUUUUCACAAGUGUCAUAGUAUAUAUUAUUAUUUUUUUGUCUUGCAUGGAUCCUUGCAAUGCAUUUCUUUGCACAUAUAAAUGAUACGGGCCUGGCAGGCCCAAAGGACUUGCAGGCAAGAAUAGCUGCUCUAGUAAAGAAGCAUUUUUAUAUACCUAAUGCCUUGCUUUACUGGAAUAGAAUGUCAACCUCCAUUAUAAAAACAUUGCAGGACUCAUUUUAUUGAUCAGUAUAUUUGGUUAGUUUUAUGUUUUAGUGUGAUCUGAUAGAUAAGUGAAUCAAGACAUUCCUUAAUUAGGAAAUAAGAUCAUGCUUACGAGAUCAGCUGCUGUAUCAGUGUUCAACCUCCCACAGCGUUCCUUUUCUCACGGAAAACCCACCUUCCAGGAUGAGCACGUGUUUGUGUCCUGGCCGAUCCCUCCGCGCACCUCGAUUCGACUUCACUUCACCUAAUGUAUUUUAAAAGGAGGAGGAGAACGUCUCCUCUCUGUAUUGUUCGCUUUUCUUAGUGUCACGAAAAAGUGACGCUUGGUGAGGACACUGUUGGAACUCUGUCACAUUCGGCUCAGUGGGGAUCUCAGUCACAAACACAGCUGUUGGAUGCCUGGAGUAUUGUUUUCAUCAUAGUUUCUUCCGUUUUUGUUUUUCUCUCCCCCUCGUUUGUCUCUCUGCACCAAGUGACUGUUGCAGGCUGAUUACUCUGUUCAAAUAUGGUCAUUAACAUGCACACUCACUCUUAGGAGUGCAUUUGUCUCUCUCUCUCUCUCUCUUUAGCUGUGCAGCAAACUGUUGUUUUAAUUUAGUUCUUUUUGUUUGGUUCUUUUUUUUUUCUUUUUGCUGCUGUGAAAGCCUAACACUAAUAUUAUUCUCAACUAGCUAACUUGCAUAUACUUGCACAUGAGAGACAAAAGACAGGAGUGCUUUGAGAAUGAAAGUGCGCUGAGGCCAUGUAUUUCCUCUCUGUUUGCUGAAUUUUGGAGAAAAAGAAAACAAGAAAAAACUGUAAUAAUUUUGAAUGGAGUGUUGGAAUGCAGUACUUAAUGGCAGGUAUCCAUGCAUUCAUAGACUUAAAAGGUCCCGGGAUGAUACUCCGUGGGAUUUACAUUAGUUUUAAAAUAAUGAUAUUAAUAAAGUUAGGUAACUCUU